CGCGCUGUGAUGACGUGCGGGGCUCGCUGUUGUGGAUGUAGCUAGUGCCGCCUGGUGACGCUGGCAGAGACUGUUCUCCGGGAGGAGCGCCUGUCAUCCCAGCAAUGAGCCGGCGCUGUGCUGUCCGUCCCCAGAGAGUGGUCUGAUAUUCCGCCAUGUGCUGCUACACCGCCAAGGCAGCGGGAGAACUAGUGUGUGAGCGUCUGAAGUAAGUGGUGCGCAGCCAUGAAGACUCCCAUCCUGUGGCUGGUAUCCUUGCAGCUGCUCUAUCACAUGUCACACGCAGCGGAGCAUGAUGGUGUAGCAAAGCAUGCCAUUAAACUGCACAGGGGCAAGGGCGCCACCGCCAGCCAGAGGAAGGACUGGUUGCUGAACAACUGUCGGAAACUGUCUGGUCUCAUCCAUCAGAAGAACGUAGUGCUCAACAAGCUGAAGAACGCUAUCAAAGCGGUGGAGAAGGACCAAAGACUGUCUCCAGCAGAGAAGCUCUUUCAGGUCCACACCUUUGAGAUCUUUCAGAAAGAGCUGAACGAGAGCGAGAACUCGGUUUUCCAGGCUGUUAACGGGUUGCGGAGAGCAUUGCAGGGAGAUUACAAAGAUGUGGUGAACAUGAAGGAGAGCAGCAGGCAGAGGCUGGAAGCCUUACGAGAAGCCGCCAUAAAGGAAGAAAAGGAAUACGUGGAGCUUCUGGCAGCUGAGAAACAUCAAGUGGAAGCAAUGAAGAUCAUGCAGCAUCAGAAUAAAAGCUUGUCCAUGCUCGAUGAGAUCCUUGAAGAUGUCAGGAAAGCAGCAGAUCGACUGGAGGAAGAAAUAGAAGACCAUGCGUUUGAUGACAAUAAGUCGGUACGUGGUGUAAACGUGGAGGCUGUCCUGCGAGUAGAGGAAGAUGACGUAAAGAGGAAUACGUCCCAGCACCAAGUAGAGGACGACUUGGGACUCAGUAUGUUGAUUGACUCUCAAAAUAACCAGUACAUUUUGACCAAACCCAGGGAUUCUACCAUACCUCGCGCUGACCAUCAUUUUAUCAAGGACAUUGUGACCAUAGUAAUGGUGUCCUUGCCUUGUGGAUGGGUGUGUACGAUGAUCGGGCUACCAACGAUGUUUGGCUAUAUCAUCUGUGGCGUUCUUCUAGGGCCAUCAGGAUUAAACAGUAUAAAGUCUAUUGUCCAGGUGGAAACUCUAGGAGAGUUUGGCGUCUUCUUCACACUUUUUCUUGUUGGAUUGGAAUUUUCUCCAGAAAAAUUGCAAAAGGUAUGGAAAAUUGCAGUGCAAGGACCAUGUUUCAUGACUGUUUUAAUGAUUGCAUUUGGUUUACUGUGGGGGCAUUUCCUGCAAAUCAGACCUGCGCAGAGUGUCUUCAUUUCAACAUGCUUAUCCUUGUCUAGCACCCCCUUGGUAUCCAGGUUCCUUGUAGGCAGCUCUCGAGGAGAUAAAGAUGGAGACAUUGAUUAUAGUAGUGUGCUGCUGGGUAUGCUUGUGAUGCAGGAUGUCCAGCUUAGUCUUUUCAUAGCUGCUAUGCCGACUCUCAUUCAAGCUGGAGGAAACACUUACUCCAGUGUUGUCUUGGAGAUUUUCCGGAUAUUGGCGCUGAUCGGCCAAAUUGUCUUCUCUCUGGUUGCGGUCUUUCUCAUCUGUCUUGUUAUGAAGACCUAUCUCAUCGGGCCAUAUUAUCGAAAACUACAUAAUGAAAGCAAAGGCAAUAAAGAAAUUCUAGUCAUGGGAAUCUCUGCUUUCGUUUUUCUCAUGCUGACGCUAACAGAACUACUGGAUGUGUCCAUGGAAUUGGGCUGUUUCCUAGCUGGCGCUCUCAUUUCUUCUCAAGGACACAUGGUUACUGAGGAAAUUAUGUCGUGCAUUGAGCCUAUACGAGAUUUCCUGGCUAUUAUUUUCUUUGCUUCUAUAGGACUUCAUGUAUUUCCAUCAUUUGUCAUUUAUGAGCUCACAAUUCUUCUAUCCUUGACAUUGACAUUGGUGAUAAUGAAGUUUGUUUUGGCAGUGCUUGUACUGUCUUUGAUUCUACCAAAAAGCAGUCAGUACAUUAAGUGGAUCGUGUCUGCAGGGCUGGCUCAAGUCAGUGAGUUCUCAUUUGUUUUAGGCAGCAGAGCCCGCAGGUCGGGGAUCAUUUCACGAGAGGUCUACCUCCUUAUCCUCAGUGUGACAACCCUAAGCCUUCUCCUAGCACCUGCCCUGUGGAGAGUAGCUAUUACCAAAUGUGUUCCAAGACCAGAUAAACGGCUGAACACUUGAUAUCCUCCAGACUAUGAACAUCACCAGUGUUUCUUAUACCCUGUAUGCACAGAAAACUAUGUAGCCCUUUGCUACAAGGACGCUUUUAGAAGGUAAAGCUGGUUUGGGUCAUGCUUUGGUAUUACUGGACUCCUCACCAUCUUGGUCAUGGUCCAUCAUACCUAAUCUUUGCAGCAACGUCCUGGAGAUAGCCUUGAAUAUUUCUCCUCUAUGUGCCUUUUAAUCUAAAUCUUGUUUUAUUUUUAUUUUUGAGCAUCAUAUUGAAGUAUUUUUAUUGCACUACUUUGUGCUGUUUGCUAGGAUUGUUGGAUCAAGGUGCAGAAAAAAGAAUGGCUUAUGGGAGAGGCCUGCAGCAACUCAUGCGUCAUUGCACUUGUACUGAAAGUUAAGCUCCUGGUCAAAGUAUUGUUAAGACUCAUAUUACUUCUCUAUUUCAGUAAGACACUGUCCUCUGCAAUAAUCGAAUGCCAACACAUUUGCAGGUUCUACUGUAUCAAGGAAAUAUUUUUAUGAAGGAGGGGCUGUAUACUGGCUUUAUCCCUGACUGUUGUUUUUGUAUGAACUUUUUGUUUUCCUUUUGUGUAAAAUGUUAAGGACAUUAUGGAGGAGUUUUAUCAAAGCUGGUGCAAAGGUAGCAACCAAAAUCCACCUUUUAUUUUCCAGAGAUCCUUUGGAAAAUGAAAGGAUCAAUCUGAUUGGUAGCUAUGGGCAACUAAGUCAGUUUUCCUUUGCAGCAGUUUUGAUAAAUCUUCCCCAUUACGUAUUCAGUGAAGGUUCAAGAAGGGCUUUAUUUAAUCUAAGAUGGGUACGACAUAUUCCAGAUAUUUGAGCACACAACACUAAUAAUUGCAGGAAUGGAAUGUGUUUUUUUUUUUUUUUAUAAACCUUUUAUGUGGAAAGUGCCAGACACCAGAA